AUGUCGUCAGGCGUGCCGGUUCUCCACUGGAAUUUUGGAAUCGGCCCGAUCACGUGCCACGCGUGGAACAAAGACCGUACCCGUACGUUUUUCAAUGCAUCUUGUGUAAAAUAGGCGACAAAAUUGAGUGUAACGUUGAAAAAGUGCGAACAGUUUGGUGUGUAUUGGGUUUUGAGCGAAUUUUGUGUAAACAGAUGAAUCGUCACUUGAACGCUAUUGAAAAUUGCCGAGUUUCGCAAAAAAUAACGGAAAAACAUAUGAAUCCAUGCUAGAAAUGCUAAAACAUUGCAUUUUCUUCUGAUCACUGCUCAAAAUUUAUUCUUUUUCAAUGCAAUUAGUCUCCUUGAUUUGGCUCCGGAAUCGGCGCGCCCUUCGGCAGAGUCACACAUUUCCCCCAGGAGCAAAAAUGCGUCGUCGGACACCAUCGGCAUCCGUCCGUCGGAUCGCCGAUGCGUGGGUGGUGACGGUCGACACACCGCCCGAACUGGCAAUAUUGUCCCUCUCCGCAUUUGCAGUACGCGUCGACGGAGACGAUUGAGCAGAGAACAACGAGAAGAAUUAUCUGAAAAUUGGAAACGAGAUAACUUUUUUUUCGAUGUAGGGUGGGGUUUUGGACCCAUGAAAAGAGUGGGAAAUGAAGACCUACCGGAAGUGUUCUCAUCCUGACGAAUGAUAGAGAAACGGAGCGAUGGGAACCGUUUUAUAGGCCUAUGAUUCGAUUAUGUGUUAUGGGAAAAUACGGAAAAAUGUUUCGAUGCCUUCGUCUGCUCCUUUUGAAUUUUUUUUCCGCGCUUUGGGUGAAGUUUUGUCUUUCCAACUCUGCCUCCCGAUCCAGGUGUUCCUCGGGAGGGCUCCCCCAUCAGUUUCACCCAAAAAAUGCCUUUAUAAAUAAAUUUUCAUCAUUGGAAAUUGCAGAAAUCGCGGUGUCGGCAUCGUCGAACGAAAUCCAAAUAUUCGAGUGGCGCAACGGCGACUGGCAGUCGAUCCACACCCUUUCGGAGCACGAUCUGCCCGUCACCGGCCUGGAUUGGGGCACGAAAACCAAUCGGAUCGUCUCGUGCUCGCAGGAUAAAAACGCGUUCGUGUGGACGUUCGACAAGAACGUGUGGAAGCCCGAACUCGUGUUGGUCCGCUUCAAUCGGGCCGCCACUUACGUGAAAUGGUCGCCGCUGGAGAACAAAUUCGCCGUCGGCAGCGGAGCGAAACUCGUUUCCGUCUGUUAUUACGAGAAAGAAAACGAUUGGUGCGCCGGCGUUAAGUAUUGCUUUUACGUUUCUUCUAUCAAUUUGCAGGUGGGUCUCGAAGCAGAUCAAGAAGCCGAUUCGUUCGACGGUCACUUGUCUCGAUUGGCACCCGAAUAACGUGCUUUUGGCGAUUGGAUCCUGCGAUUUUAAGGUUUAGCAUACAGAAAACGGUGGAGAACGGCUCGUUUUGAAAAAAACAACAACAUUGCAGUGUCGUGUAUUCUCGGCGUACGUGAAAGAAGUGGACGAGAAGCCGUCGCCGAACCCGUGGGGCCAGAAGAUGUCGUUCGGACAGCUGAUGAGCGAGUAUUCGGUCGGCGGAUGGGUUCAUCGCUGCGCGUUUUCGCCGUCCGGAUGCCGAUUGGCGUUCGUUUCGCACGAUUCGUCCGUCUCGUUUGUCGAUUCGAAUUUGGUCAGUUUUCGGAGGAGUUUGGAAGCGUUUUUGGCUGAGAAAUGGAUACUUUUUUGUCGGCACAGAGCGCUCUGAGUUUCACUAAGAAGUAUUUAGCCAACAGAAAGAGCCAGAUGGCUUGUGUUUUACUGAAAAAACAAAACGAUUCGAGUUUCAGGACAGUCAACGGGCGCAAAACUUGCGUACAAUCCAUCUUCCGUUCACCACCGUCGAGUGGAUCACUGAAAAUAGUAUUGUCACGGCGGUGAGCCCUUUGCUACGUACCAAUUAAUUGUUUUCCCAUUUCUGCAGGGCCACGACUGCUCGCCGGUGCUAUUCGUCGUCUCGCAGGACGUUCUGAAGGAGGUGUGCAAGCUGGACGUGCCGUCGGCCGCCAAAGCGUCCACUGUCAGCAGUGCCCUUCAGCUUUUCAAAAAUAUCGAUCGGUUAGACAUUCUCGGCCAUUUUUUUCCUACUUUUCACUUCCUUGUUUUCCAGUAAUAACGUCGCCGAAAAAGUGAACGUCGGCCUGAAAACGCUCCAUCAGAAUCGGAUAACGUGGGAAAAACAUUGCAGCGUUUCUCUAAAAUAAUCGAUUUCAGUCAAAUCCUACCGCACUCUGGGUCGGCCGGAAAUGUGGUCAAAUUCACGACGUGCGGAACCGACGGUAUCAUUGCACUCUGGGAUUUGAAGGUCCGUGUUUUUCUCCACUAAUUUUAUUGUAUAGAGGCGGGACAAAUUUUCGGACUUUUUACCCUAUUUCAAUGAUCCGGUCGGGACCAAACUUUGCAGGCGUAUUGUGCUUGGAUUGGAGUAUGCUGGGACCAAGUUUCAGACCCAUCUGAUCAUUUGGUCCCGAGAUAUGUGGAUCAGAUGCCGAAAUGACCGCAAUUUUCACAAAAACCCGGCCUAGGGACCGGAUGAUCCGAUCGGUCUGAAACGUGGUCCCAGCCUACUUCGAUCCGAGUCUAAGAAACCGGCAAAGUUUGGUCCCAGUCGGAUCAUUGCAAGACGGGUAAACAGCCAAUAAAAAAGGUUUGGUACAUUCAGGAAACGAUAGAAUUUUGCCGAGUAAGUAAAAAUGUGAUUUUUUUGACUAAUUUUGUGAAAUUUUCAUAACAAAGUGCAUGAAAAAUUGCCUAAUUUUUUCUCGAUCGUUUUGUGAACUUGUGAACUAAAAAGUUUGAAUUUUAUUGAUUUUUCCCGACUAAACUCUAUUUUUUUCCCGUUUCAGAAUCAUCCAUCGCUCGUCUAA